CGCUAUCAGAAGUCAAGCCUCUCUCAGACUCGUCAGUUCAUAAUGUUGCAUUCUCUCGAUUCUGACGAAGUUAAUCACAAAUUGGCACUCACCGUUGCCUUCACCGCGGCCCUCAAGUCCGACUCCGGUCCUGGUGACUUGCUCAGUUAUUCUCUACACGCUUCGUCGUCAGAUACUCAAACAAAAGUUUCACCAGUAUCAACUACUCCGAUGGCUCCUCGAUUUCGCGGUAGCAAUCUGGUGAUACAAGAUUGCUCACCAGAGAAGUCUCACUUUGAUCCUCCAACCCCAAAGCACAAAGCCAUUGCUCGUCGAUUGAAGAGCCGACUUUCAACCUGGAGAUUAGUCCCCAAGCUCCCGAAGCGCAGGACAUUUGCGAACUUCGCUGCGCUAGGGAACGGCGAAGGCCAUGACAAAGCUCUGAAGAAACAGGGCUUGAGUCGCUCAAUCACUAUAGGUCAUUUCAGCAACCUUGCCAGGAUCAGGCGCCAUAAAAGCCCUCCAAGCAUAUCCUCUGAUGAUACCAAACUAGACAACUCGCCAACAAAGCUGUCAUCAACUGCUGAACAAAACGAUGAGGCUGACCCAUUUACCGAGGAAAAUGUACUUGAUACAAGUCUAGAUGCGCUGCUACAGCUUCUUCCCGAUGGUUAUUCUACGCCACGCCGCCGCGAUUCAGUUCAACGCCAGUCAGCUCUACCACGUGGACUGGAUAUCAGCAAAACGACUAUAGCUCGCUCUUCAUUGCUCAAGCCAGAAACUUUCCCCAGUCUACCUAGCAGACCGCAACCUUAUGCUACUCACAGCAUAUCACCAACCAGAAUGUUGAAGACGGCCAUUCCUCAGCGCACUUCAUCCAAAGCCACAGGAGGAAUCAGCCCCCGAGUUUCCAGCGAGAAGAUCCAGUACAAGAAGCAUCCCUCGCCAAGCAAGAAUACCCUGAAGUCUCUUAAGUUGUGCUGCCAGGACGCUAAAUCUCACCCGCGGACGGCUUUCUCUUUUCGCAAGAGUUCAACAGUGCAAGACUUCAGCGCCGGUAUCUACGGCUUAUAUGAGGCGACUACUGUGUCGCAAAAAAGACGCUCGACGCCUUCCAGAAAGGCAAAGCUGAUCCAACUCAGGGGAAAAUCUUCAAAAUCCGCCACUACAUGGACUGCGGCCACAGGAGUAGCGGGUAGUACAGCCGAGAAAGUAAAGGGUACUUCUGAGAGUACACUUGCUAUCACGCCUCCUCAUAAUAACGUCGCGGUUCCACCCUCUGGGUAUUAUAGGGACCCCGAUGUCAGUGACACAGCACAGUUGGGGAGGACCUUGCGAUUCCGAUCUGUCAAUUUGCGGGAAAGCUCCAGGCCUCCACCGCCGCGAUAUACCCUGCCAAAGCCAGAAACAUCGAUCAGAUCCCAGCACGCACCUAGUUCUUUUUCCCCGAGCAUGCAUCCCAUCAGGAUUUUUGUUGAUAAAGAAAGUACGAUUCCAGACUUUUCAGAAAAGAAGAAGCAUCCAUCGCCUACGAAAGAGGAGUGGGAAAUUCUCGGAGGUCAUUGGAGGCACGAGAUGGACAGAUUGGGUCUUCGUGUCUGUGGGUUUGCACCUGCACCUGUGCAACUAGACAGCAUCGAACACCCUGUCACUGUCAAAAAUCAGCACAAUGUUCGAUGAGCCUUGCGAUAUUGUCCCCAACAGUGUGCAGCUGGCCCGGGAAGGCUAUAAGCUCUAGGGUUGCUAUAUGACUCUUCAGGGCUCAGGAGCAACACACGAUUAUCAACCACGGGAGCACUCUAGGGACAUGCACGACUUGAGCUACCUUGGCAUAGUAUACAAGAAGAGAAACUGUUAUGGGGCGCGGCCCGGACAGAACAGAACAGACAGGUCAAGGAUAUACUUCCAUGAUAUUGAGGGAAAUUCAAUGUGCAUCAGCACGAAAAUCUAUUUGUGAGAGUAUAAUGCGACAGCUUAGGACUCUCUUCUCAUUCCACUGAUCGGUUUCUACACAAUCUGUUUUUCUCUAUUUCUUUUUCUUCUUCUUUUCAUUCGAAUACUAGGAGGGCCAAGACUGAUCUGAUAUGGGAAAGCUGGCACCGAGGCAUUGAUAGUACACGUAGUAUGACGCCGAAAACGGCGUGCAGCCCAUUUACUUUGACGCACAUGGCGUACAGAGGAGACUUUUCACGUCACUGGGUCGAAGAAUUGGAAUCACUAGCUAUAUGAACAGGCAUAUGGCGCAACUGUUGUUGAAAUAUAAUGGAUUUCGGCCUACCGCAAGUACUCAUUCCCUGCCCUUCCUCUUUCGUCAUGAAUUUCAG